AUAACUAUGAACCAUCAAGCCGAUAUAAAAAGUAUAAAUGUUUAUGUUCCCUUCAUUGAAAUUUAUCUUCAGUUGGAAAUUUAGAUUAGCAAUAAGCUAGGAUAAUUGGCUGAUCUUAUUUAAUAAGUUACAGGCAAUGACAAUGAAAUGAAUAUUUUUAGGUAAUACUUAAAUCUAGAAUUAGAUUUAAAUUUAGAGGAGAAUUGCUUGGCAUGAAUCAAAUUAUAUCUGAGAUACAAGGAAUUACUUUUGGUGACCCAAAAUGUUACUUAACAGGAUACGCUGAAAUGACUGGAGCAUGAUUUAUAUUAAAUUCUAUAAUUAAUAAUUACAACCCU